UGUAGAGGGAUCCUCUGUUUGUUUUCUUCCUGGAGCGGGCCCUGCUUAUGUGACCGUUGGCACACACAGUCUGGGCAGGUGUCCGCACAGAAACAGAAGAAGGGAGAAGAAGACCCCAAAUGAGCCAGUGUGUGUGGAAGUAGGUCAACAACGCAGAUGUGCCUGACCAAAGAGCAUUUAAUAAGAAAACAAGAGCUUCUGAAGGGGACAGAAUCAGUAGAUAAUUUCUGCCGGUGGAAAAACAGGCCGAACCUUCUAGAAGGACGGAAAAGAGUGUAGAAGCUUGUGGGCUCUGGUGGAGAACAGCCCGUGUGUGUUUACUGUGUGUACCCAUGGAAAAGCUGCUGAAGACGGCCUGACCCAACUCUGCUUUUUUCACUCCAACUGUUGACUUCUGAAACACUCCUGCUUCAGGAGGAAAAGCUCAGCUGCACUCGGACAGUUUUUCGCUGGGACUCAGAAUAAUGCUGCUUUGGACCACUCUGUACAAGGUGGCCACUGAUCACUACAAUCAGCUCUCCUGUCCAGGUCAAAUGGAUCCAGCUGUCAGCACAAAGUGUCAAAACUAUCACUUGGUAUCUGCAACAGUAUCCUCCGUGGACAAGUGUGUUGAGUGUCUGGGACUUAUAUCUUCCUACAAGUGGCUUGGCUAUGUAUGCAAAGAUGAGAUUGUGUUCAGUGACGCUGAAGCCAGUGCAAGCGAAUCUAAUGACUGCAGCAUGGCAGUCACAGCAACAGAAUGUGGAACUGUGGAGCCUAUGGAUACUGACGCUACAAUCAAAGAGCAAGUUCAUGACAUGGAAGAUUUUGCAGGGUCUGUAUUGUCAGUGUCAUCUACAGUAACUGAGACUGCUCCUGCCUCUGAAGGACAAGAUGGUUGUGAAGACCAGCAUAGAAGAGUGCCAAAGAAAGUGUGGUUGAAGGCUGAGGUUGCCGCAGUAUUGCGACAUUUCAGAGAUCACAUUCAAAAAGGAAAACUGGCCACCAAAAAUGAAUGUAGUCAAUGCAAGCUGGUAGAAGGCCCUGUGCUAGCACAAAGAACAGUGCAAAAUAUUAGGGACUUUGUUAGAAACUGAGGAAUAGCUGCAAAGAGGCAG